AUGGCAACAAGCUAUGCCCCAGAUAUCGACAUGGUCAUCGAAGAAACCAAAAGGACUCCAUUUAGAAACAGAAUCGCCAGCGUAAGGCUGCAUCACGUUGGGAAAAUAAAAUUCCCCGAAUAUGCAGGAAACACAGACCCAAAGGCCCAUGUACGAGCCUUCCGUCUAGCUAUAUCGAGAGCACACCUCACCGACGACGAAAAAGAGUAUUCAGUCUUCAUAGAGACAAGAGUUACCGAGACAGAUCUUUGGAAUCUCAAGCAAGCACAUUUCGAGCCGUUGAGAGCGUACAUAAACAAGUUCCGAGAAAUCAAGGCCAAGAUUUCGCAUCCGAACGAGGUCGUCGCCCUAGCAGCAUUGAAGAAUGGCGUCUGGUUCUCAUCCAAAUUCAGGGAAGAACUAGUAGUACGAGCACCUAUCUCGCUGGAUGACGCCCUACACCGAGCCUCUUACUUCGUCACCCACGAAGAGGACAUCGCACCCUUAAAAGAACAGUAUAGCGCGAACAAGAAUAAUGCGACUAAAAAGCCUACUGCUCCUAAGGAGCCAGCAACCAAAGGACAACAUUCCUAUGCAAUAAACAACUCAUCGCAAAAAUCUUCGACAUACGACCUCAGCAAAUAUUGCGCCUUCCAUGACCGCAAAGGCCAUUCGACCGAAGAAUGUCGAGCCGCGCUUCACAGUCAGAACGAAUAUAAGAAAACCACUGAAGAAACCGGAGAGGAUGAGGAAGAGCUAGUGACUCCAAAAUCCAACCGAAGGGCCAAAGUCUCGACAAACAAAAGAGGCAGGGAGACCGAGCAGGAAUCACCGAGCUCUUCACCCCCAGCUCCGAAGAAAAGAGUCAACAUGAUUUCGUGGGGGCCAAACAACAACGCAACCGACGAAAUCAAGAGCCAGACCGAAGAAAAAAUACGCUUUGAGAUCACGGUAGCGAUCCGCACAUUGGAAAACCCCGAUGAAGCUACUCUUCCUCCCAGUAUCACUCAGUACAACCCAAACAUAAAGUCUCCUUGCGUAAAAAUCCCCAACUUCAAGCGAAAGAACAAAAUGACCAAAAUUCGCGAGCUACUGGAAAAACCAACUGCCCUACAAAUUCAGAAAAAAAAAUACAGAAUGCAGACCCCUUAA